AUGGUCAGGCUCGGCAUUUUUGUAGCGACAAUCCUGUCGUCUACGGCGCUGGCCUCGGAACUGUACAUCGACACCACGAGUGGUCCAGUAGAAGGCUUCUACAACAGUUCCUCCGUUCGUGCAUUUCUAGGCAUACCGUAUGCCGAGGCAGCUGGGGGGUCACGUCGAUUCAAGCCACCCGUGCCCAAAUCGCGAUCUAACGAGACGGUUCAGGCCGAUUCAUUUCCACCGACAUGUCCGGGGCAAUACACCUUCUCCAACGAGUCUAUCUGGAGUGUCCUGCCCUACAUGCCAUGGAACACGAAGAGCAUGUCAGAGGACUGUCUUGCGAUCAAUAUAUGGACCCCCCAAACCAAGAAAGAAAAUGGUAAAUUAGCCGUGAUGAUGUUCAUUUAUGGUGGAGGGUUCACCCAGGGCGGGUCGGCGAUCCCCUUCUACGACGGGACGAACUUAGUCGAGGAUCACCAAGAUAUAGUUGUCGUUACGUUUAACUAUCGCGUUUCUAUAUUCGGGUAUCCUAACGCGCCGGGCCUUGAACCCGGACAGCAGAAUGUUGGACUUCUUGACCAGAGACUUGCCGUUGAGUGGGUGCAGCGUAAUAUCGCGCAAUUUGGCGGAGAUCCUUCACGAAUUAUGCUGUUUGGCCAGAGUGCCGGAGCAGCAUCGACAGACCUGUACACUUACGCGUACCCGAAGGAUCCCAUCGUACACGGCGUGAUAAUGCAAUCGGGUGCCGCAUCCAUCAUUAUAAACGAAGACACAGCCCACCAGAACUGGCAGAACCUGUCCCGGGCACUAGGUUGCAGGACUCUGAAGUGCAUGCAGGACAAGCCGUGGGAAGAUAUACUCGAAGAAGUGUCUUCUGGGUCCUACAGAUUUAGUCCGGUGGCAGACAACGUAACUGCAUUCGCUGACUUCGAAGCUCGUGCAAACCAAGGGGGCCUUGCUCGGCUGCCAACAUUGAUCGGCGGCGCCGAUCGUGAGGCAUCAGCUGGCAACCGCCUCGAGCAAGAUAUUCCCACCUGGCGAUACCUUUACCACGGUAAUUGGUCUGGGUUGAGUCCAACCCCAUGGCUUGGAGCGUAUCAUUCUAGCGAUGUACCCAUUGUCUUUGGGACAUACAACGAGACAAUUGUUCAGCCGCCCUCCAGCCCAGAAGAGGUUGCAGCGAGCAAAUACAUUCAGGGCGCAUGGGUGGCAUUUGCCAAAGACCCUUGGAACGGGUUGAGUGACUAUGGGUGGCCCCAGUUUACCUCACAGAACCGGUCACUAGUGAAUUUAGCUCUGGAAAACCGUAUCCCGGCAACGAUAAGCUCUGCAGAGAAGUGGGAUUCGCAUUGUCGUAGGGGGAAGUUUAGCCCCUAG